AAAAAGAAAAACCUCUCUCUCUCACCGCCAGACUCCGAUCAACCUCCGCCGUCAAAACCCCUCCUUUUAUCCGUUACCGUCCCGUUAGCGGCUGGGGUUAGGUUUGCAAACCCUAGUUCGAUCUAUGGAAAGCUCCGUUACGAGCGGCUCUCCGGCGGCGGCGGCGGCGGGAACCCUAACGGCGAGCGCGGCGGUGCCGCCGCCGCCGUUCCUGAGCAAGACGUACGAUAUGGUGGACGAUCCGUCCCGCGACGCGAUCGUGUCGUGGGGGCCGAACAACAACAGCUUCGUGGUUUGGAACACGCCCGAGUUCGCCAGGGAUUUGCUGCCCAAGCAUUUCAAGCACAACAAUUUCUCGAGUUUUGUCCGCCAGCUCAAUACAUAUGGUUUCAGGAAGGUUGAUCCUGAUAGAUGGGAAUUCGCUAAUGAAGGAUUUUUAAGAGGCCAGAAACAUCUAUUAAAGACCAUUACUAGGAGAAAACCAUCCCAUGUGCAAAGCCAACCUCACCCACCUCAACCACAGAACAGUGCAGUAGCAGCUUGUGUUGAGGUAGGGAAGUUUGGAUUGGAGGAAGAGAUUGAGCAGCUUAAGAGGGACAAAAAUGUACUCAUGCAAGAGCUUGUCCGGCUUCGGCAGCAGCAGCAGACUACCGACCACCAGCUGCAAACAUUAGGAGACCGCCUUCAUGGAAUGGAGCAGCGACAGCAGCAGAUGAUGGCUUUCUUGGCCAAAGCCAUGCAGAGCCCUGGAUUCUUAGCCCAGCUGGUCCAGCAAAAUGACAGCAACAGGAGAAUCACAGCUGGGAAUAAGAAGCGUCGGUUUCCCAAGCAACGAAGUGAAUUGAAUGUUGAGAGCUCAUCACCUGAUGGGCAAAUAAUUAAGUAUCAGCCCUUGAUUAAUGAAGCAGCAAAAGCAAUGUUGAUGCAAAUUCUCAAACUGGACUCAUCACCGAGGUUGGAUCCUUUGAACAACUCAGAUGGUUUCUUGAUUGACAACUUUCCUUCACAACUGAACUCAGUGGAAAACAUCAGUUCGACAACUCGAACCUCAAGAGUAACCCUUAAAGAGGUGCCGACAACUUCGGGGAUCCCAUAUUUGCCUUCAAACUCUGGGGUUUCAUCUUCUGCUUCGACUCCUUCAACUUCGACUAGUAUUGUUGACAUGGUCAAGGAGCCAAUAGCCCCUGUAUUAUCUCCAAUGCAAGGAGUAGUGACCAAUGGGGAUUCUGUGAAUAUUGUACCUGAGAAUUAUAGUCCACUGGAGUCAGAUAAUGGGUAUGUUCCUAAUAUUCCGCCAUCAGUUGAUGAACAUGUUCCUCUCGACUUGGAUAGUCUAACAGAUGAUAUUGGUUUCUUAAAUGAUGUGGAAAAUGACAUGGGAACUCUACCGGGCAUUGAAGAUCCUUUCUGGGAGCAGUUCCUUGAUUGUCCUGUUCCAGGAAAUGAUGAUUCAGAUAUGCAAGAAAACGGUGAGGUGGUGAUAGAAGAGCAGAAUGGGUGGAGCAAUGCUCAAAACAUGGAUAAUUUAACUGAACAAAUGGGUCAUCUCACAUCAGAGAACAAAAAAUAAGACCAAAACAUAUACCCUAUAGUCCCUGUGCUCAAGUGAAUUGUCUGAGUGAGAUCUCCAACCUGUUUUUGAUGUCUCAAAUCUUUUGCGUUUUAUUCCUGAAAGGCAAAGUGAGUCGAGCAACCUGGCGGUUUUAUCCUCUUGUUGUAAGACAGAGAGCUUCUUAUUUAGAUGUUAAUAUACAUAGCUUAUAU